GUCUUUCUUGUCACCAAUGUCAUUGUCAUUAUCCCCUUUUCUGUGCCGAUACCAGCUCCAAUUUGGUCUUAUCUAAGGAGACUGCUCAUCCGUCUCCGGGUCUUGGAGCCUACAAUAGAGGAUCAUGGCAUCCCAAGUGUUAGGUUCGACUUCAGUACGGUACCUGUGAUAGCGGUGCUUCUGCUCCUUGUUAUGACAUGUAUCGGAGGUCAUGAAGUAUACGAAGGCAUCGUUGGAUCCAAUGGCAUCCAGCCAUACGAUAUCAUGUGUCUCUUCAUUUCUCUGGCGUACAUAUCCAUUUCACUGGAUGCUACAGGCUUAUUAAGAUUUCUCGCCUUCUGGGUCGCCAAGCGAGGCGGAGUAUCGGGAGUCCGACUCUAUUGCCUUCUAUAUUUAUUCUUUCUUGCAUACGCCCUCGUCGUUGGAAAUGACCCCGUCAUUCUCAGCGGCACCCCUUUCUUGGUAUAUUUAACCCAUGUUGCGGACAUGAAUCCCAUUGCUUGGCUAUUCGCUCAAUUCACCGCUUGCAACAUGGCGUCUGUCGUGCUCGUCUCUUCAAAUCCGACCAAUCUCGUUCUCGCCGGAGCCUAUUCGCUGUCGUUCUUGACGUACACAGCAAACACUAUCCUCCCCUUUCUCGCAUCAUCCCUUUGCGUUCUCCCCACUUUGGUGUUUUGGUCAUUCUCGACAGCGCAAUACAUUCCUCGCACAGUCAACCAGCCAGACAUUGAUCCUCGCGUAGCGCUCAUCGACAAACCCGGUGCAAUCUUUGGUAGUGGACUGCUUGUCACUACAUUGGCCGUUCUAGUAGGGACCAGUGCGGCCGGGUUGUCCGUCUCGGUCUGGCAGGUCACAGUGCCGGCUGGGCUGCUGAUGCUGGCAAGAGACGUCGCACAUGAUUUGAAUUUGGCGACCCUGCUUCCAAAGCUCUUCUCUGAUGAUGGCAAGCCAGGAACCUCAGGUCAAGAUGAAGGAAGAGACCCGGAAAACAUCCCCUCGGAUGCAGUCCUGCGAAACGAUCCAGUGGAGAUGGUCAACAUACCCGACGGAAUGGAACGUUCUCCUCAAGCGACCUUUCCUGCCCACUCAGACUUGGAAGACGCCCUUACCCUUCAUUCGCCCAAUAAGACGACACUCCAAUCUCUAGUGUCAAGUUUAAGGCAUCGAUUGCCCACUCUAACGGCCGUAUUUCCACGUCUACCACUCGCGCUGUUGCCGUUCGCAUUUUCCAUGUUCACACUUAUUCAAGGAAUAAGCGCCACCGGGUGGUUAGAUGUUUUCACUCAUUGGUGGACUGCUUAUGCAGACAGAACAGGACCGGUAGGAGUUGUUUUUCUCAUGGGUCUAAUCUCCGUGCUGCUUUGCAAUUUCUGUGGAACGAACAUCGGGGCAACUAUCCUUCUGGCAAGCGUCCUCCAAUCUUGGACAGAGCAACACCAACCCUCGCCACGAAUGAGAGCGGGAGCUCUGUAUGCUCUCGCGCUCGGCUCAAAUUAUGGCGCGUUCAGCACUACGUUCCCGGCUUCUCUGGCUGGCUUGCUAUGGCGGGGGAUCUUGGUUCAGAAAGGCAUCGAGGUCCAGACUCACCAAUUCGCAAAACUCAAUUUUGUCACCAUCGCCGUCGCGAUGACCGUUGGCUGCGGUGUGCUCAUUGCGCAACUGUAUGUUGUGUAUUAG